GAUGUCCGUGUGUAAAAAAAAUGCAAAAGGAGCCAUUCAAACCAGUUAUUCAAAAUAUUAUUAAUGAACUGCUGCAUGGUCUCGAGAAACGCAUGGAAAAUGUUGAACACAGCAAAACAAUAGCACUUGCUACUCUUUUAGAUCCCAGAUUCAAACUUGCUGUCUUCAAAGACGAAACUGCAAAGCAAUUGAUCAAAAAAACAUGUACAGAACUUUUAGCUGCAAUCUGGACAGAGACACAUGGCAAACCUUGCACAGCAGAUGAUGAAGAAAUUGGUAACACUCAAAACAAAGAUGGCAACGUAGAUUCCGCAAAAUUUUCCGUCUGGGAGGACGUUGACAACAUAAUUGCCAAGGAGAAACCUACAGGUACGAAGACCUCCGCUGCAAUUGUCGAGUUGAACCGGUACUUAGAUGACAGCUAUCUAGGACGGAAAAAAGAUUCCUAUGGGCUGGUGGAAAGAGAAUCAACAUGUGGCCAGCUCGCUCAAGAUGGAGGUGAUGUUUUGCACUCUGAUGACGAUGUGUUCGAUAUCAACAGUGAGCUGGACGACACAUUAUUUAGUGGCGUUACAAGUACAAAAUACAGACUCAACGAGUGUUAG